AUGUUCUCUCGCCUGACACCUUUAUGGAGUCGGGGGUUUCCCCCAGGAGCUGGUACUCCCCGUCUCACAGACACAACUACCAGAUGCAUGAAUGCGGGGAGGAGAUAUUUUACCCACAAUUCACAGCUCCGUCAACAGGCAUCCUCACCAUUCAAUACGCCGCAAUCGCAAAAACGAAAUGCGUCUACAAUGUACUAUGCAAUUAGCAUAGUCCUCGGAACAGUCUCCCUCGCCUACGGUUCCGUCCCGCUAUAUAAAAUGAUCUGCCAACAAACCGGAUGGGGUGGACAACCCGUUCUCACGCACCGCACAGGCGACGGCGACACCUCAGCACGCGUAAUACCUGUUACCGAUUCUCGUCGGCUGCGGAUUACGUUCAACGGCUCUGUAUCAGAUGUACUACCUUGGAAAUUCACACCACAGCAGCGGGAGGUCCGCGUCUUACCCGGAGAAACUGCGCUCGCGUUCUACACAGCCACGAACCAUGGUCCGGCGGAUAUUAUCGGUAUUGCGACCUACAGCGUUACACCCGGCCAGGUCGCUCCUUACUUUAGCAAGAUCCAGUGCUUCUGCUUCGAGGAGCAGAAACUCAAUGCGGGGGAAUCGGUGGACAUGCCGGUUUUCUUCUUCAUUGAUCCGGAUUUUGUCACGGAUCCGGCGAUGAAGGGUAUUGAUACGAUUACUCUUUCGUAUACAUUUUUCAAAGCACGAUAUGAUGACAACGGGGUGCUCAAACCUAUUCCGACGAACUAGCUGCAGUGAAAUCAAGUUUCUACGUCUUGGCUGCCUCGACAGGUUACGCUUGACUCGGACGGGGUUUACUCGAGAAACCCUUUUUUACUACUCCAAACUCUGUAGGAGCGAGAGAUCUCCUGCCCAAGACUAACGAGCCUGGGGCUUGCUUACUUGGAGUGUAUUGGGAACCAACCCCUGCAUUUUUAUGUGCCAUCUCAAAGCGAUUUCGUUUCAAUGUAACAUAUCUCCUCCUCUCCCUCCUCCUCUCCAAACACAAAAUGCAUGAAUGUACCACAGCGACUAGGAUCUGGCGUUUUGGAAAUAUAUUUGUAUUAUAGUUUAUGUACAUAAUACUGACUUUGUACGUUAGAGAAACUAUUUGUCGGAUAAUUUUAGUGCAAACCCCUUAUAAAAUUAAGCCAGAUACCAAUUGUUGAAAGCUAUUCAUAACUACAGAGAGAGAGAGAAAUAGGGAGCUCCUUGAAACGU